AUGUUGUUUUUAAAAAUAUUUGACUCUGUUUUACCAACAAGGGAUGUGAUAGAUGCGUGUUCAAGAACAAAAGUAGAUGAUAAUAUAGAAAACAAAGAAAUUAUAAACUUUACGCAAUAACCUGAUUUAUCAAUGGACUAAUUUAUGAAAUCAGAGUAUAAUUCAAAGUUUGUUAGCAUUCAAGAAAUGUCUGUGGGAUUGAAAAUAGUGGAUCCUGUAAAUAGGCUCAUUUUGGUGUUUUAGUUUUGGAACAACUCCAUUUUAAUGGAUUGGAAUAACUUUCUAUAAGAAUGCAAUGCUGGACAUCUUGGAAAUCUAUUUUUUAUAAUUGAAAAUGGAGAGUCUAAAUUUUAUAUAUAUGGAAGUGCCGAAGAUUUGUAUGUCAUUUAUAAAUUUUGUUCUGGAAAGUACAUCUUUAGAAAGGGAACAUCUAAUAAAACACUUUAAAUUAUCAAAGAGAGGCACGAUUACCAGUUGAAAUCCAUAUUCGACUCUUCAAAACUAAAGUAGUACUAUGAACAUGUCAUAUUGGGUCAAAUGAACGAUAGCUUAGAUAUUUCUUUCUAUUCUUAGGCUACAUUAGAUGGGGAGAAAGUUUUACCUUAAGAAAUUUAAAUUAUAAAAGACUUACAUAUCAAUUCUACACCUCAUCUGAUUUAUGUAGAUGCUCUGUAUCACGAUGGAGAGAAUUAUUCUUACAUUUAUUCAAAAAAAGAUUUAAUAAAAUUAUCUCAAUAUUAUAAUCACACUUAAUUGGACAACCAAUGUUUUAUCUCUCAUGUAUCAAAUUAAUUAGUACUAUUAUUAUUGACUCUAGACGAAAAGGGUGUAAUACAUCCCAGUCUUGAUUUAAAAAAUCUUUACAUCAAUCCAAACACUUAAGAUAUAGUUCUGGUUUCCUAUUACUAGGCUUACUAUUAAUAGAACAAUGAAGAAAGAAGAAUAUGUGUAAACAUUGGGUAUUCUCCUCCAGAAUACUUUAAGAUUAAUUACAAAUUAACAACCAAAUCAAAUGUUUAUCAAGCUGGCAUUUCCUUAUUUCAAUUGUACUAUGUUCAAUUUAGCAUUAGAUUACUUGGACACAACCCUUUUGGUAAAACCUAGUAAGAAAUGUCAAUAAAUCAUACAAAUAAUAAACUUGAUCUCACCAGACUUAAUAUUUUUGAUUCUGUCUUAUGUGAUUUCAUCAGAUAAUUACUGGAAUAGGAUCCACAUAAACGACCAUCUCCUCAAGAAUUACUAAAACACAAGCUCUUUUCAAUUACUUAUAAAGAAAACCUGUCUAAAUGGACAAUGACAAAAGAAUACCAUAAAGAUAUCUAAGAAUUCCAAAAUUUUAGUUAGACCUCAAAUAUCUAAUCUGUAAAAAAAUCUCUAUAAUGCAAAAAGAGAUUAUGA